AGCGGCGGGAAUGAAAGCGUGAGAGCACCGACGGAAGUCUGAACAGUUGCGAGCUGAGGGGCGAAGACGGAGAGAAAUAAGUGGGGAUUUUGUGAUAAUUCCGCAGAUUCAGCCCCGCGCCCUGACCUAUGGCUUCCAGUUCCAACAUAGAUAUAGAGGGCGCGACCCAGCACCUCCGGGACAUCCUGAAACUGGACCGACCCAGUAAUUCAGCCGAGGCUCCAGCAGGUGAGAGCCAAAGGAAAACAUCUUUUAAUGGAGAGCUGAAUGGACUGAUGGGAGCUGACCUCAUUGGAACAGGAGUUCGGACUGCGAUGGUGGAACCGACAGCUCACAACACAGAUAAAAUGAACACAACAUUAGACUCUCAGACAAUUUCACUAUCUGGGGAUGAUGGCUCUACCUGCAUUGCUAUCACUGCCAGCAAUGUGGAAAUUAUUGCCAGCCGAGACUCUAGUAUUGACAGUAAAGCUCGAGGGAGCAACAAGGUUAAGAUCCAACCAGUAGCAAAAUAUGACUGGGAGCACAAGUAUUAUUAUGGCAAUCUCAUAGCAGUGUCUAAUGCAUACUUGGCAUAUGCCAUCAGAGGAGGUGCCAACAACCAUUCUAUGAUCCGGGUGCUAAGGCUAGGUUCGUCCGAGCGCACCCUGCUUAAGGGCUUUACUGGGGCAGUCACAGACCUGGCCUUUGCCCACCUUGAUUCCAACCUGCUGGGCUGUGUGGAUGAGGCUGGGAACAUGUUCAUCUGGCAACUCUCCAGCCAAAACAGCAAAAUACAAGACGAAGUGAUUGUGCACAUCCGGAGACCCGAGGACACGUUAUUAAACUCCAACCGCAGGCUCAUCUGGUGCCCCUUCAUCCCCGAGGACAACGAGGAAAACCCAGAAGACUCAUGUCAGACUUUGGCUCUGCUGCAUGAGGACCGGGCUGAGGUUUGGGACCUUGAUAUUCUUCGCUCGAGCAACAGCAUAUGGCCUGUGGAUGCCACAGAGCUUAAAGAGGGGUUUAUUACCAUUAAAGGACACACAGCGCGCAUCAGCGAGGGAGCUCUGUCCCCUGAUGGCACAGUCCUGGCUACAGCCAGUCAUGACGGUUAUGUAAAAUUCUGGCAGAUCUACAUCGAAGGUCAAGACCAACCUAGUUCAACUGUCUCCUGCAGAUGCCUGCAUGAGUGGCAGCCCCAUAACGGAAGGCCUCUUUCUUGUCUCCUAUUCUGUGACAACCACAAGAAACAAGAUCCAGAAGUGCCAUUUUGGCGCUUUUUAAUCACUGGAGCGGAUCAGAACCAGGAGCUGAAGAUGUGGUGCACAGUGUCAUGGACCUGCCUGCAGACUAUCAAGUUUAGUCCUGACCCGUUAAACUCAAGUGUCCAGCCCAGUCUGAAAGCUAGUCUGGAUCUCUCUGCAGAGUGCCUCAUCCUCUCGGAUGUGCAGAGGAAGGUUCUGUACGUGAUGGAGCUGCUUCAGGAUCAGGACAAGGGUCGGGCCAGUUUCACAGCUGUUUCAGAAUUCCUGCUCACACACCCAGUACUGAGCUUUGGAGUUCAGGACGUCAGCCGUGCCCGUCUGCGCCACACUGAAGUGCUUCCUCCAGAUGAGGAGAGUGAAAGCAUGACUGCUGAAGGAAGCCAGGGACCCUUGGAGUCCAAAUCGGGAAUCCAGAUCAAGCUUUACUGCGUGCAUACAAAGUCCCUUCAGGAUGUGCAGAUUUGGUUCCAGCCCAACCAGGGUGCUGCUGCCUCGUUGUUUAUGCCUUCGUGCUCCGGCUCCCAGGACGGCUUUGGUUUCGCAGAUCCUCUGACCGAUCUGAGCAUAGAGGCACUGAGCUCUGAUAAGGAGUCCGGUGGGAACGGCUCUCAGAACGACCUGUGUAAAAUCCCCGCUCUCCCAGCUCCAGCGGAUUUCCUGAGUCCCGCUGGCUCAGCCAUGCCCAAACUCAUGACACCAGACGCCUUUAUGACCCCCAGUGCAUCUGUGCCAGCCUCCCCUGGCAGCAGUGCUAGCAGCUUGACUAUAGUGACAGCCAUGAGCAGCUCGGACAGUGGAGCAAGGGCUGCAGAGGAUCUAAUGCAGAGUCCUAAGCUGUGUACUGAUGGAGCCAGUAGCAGCCUUGCCCUCAGCACUAGCAGUCCGAGGUCCAGCUCCAUCCUGAUUUCAGGCCUUGGUGAAAACAUCCAGGUGCUGCCUUCACCAAACCCUCCCCUGUCCCUGGACCUGCAGGCCAUCGAGCCCAUCCUACUACCCCAGGCUUCCCCCACCAGGGCCCGCUCCCCGGACGUCAUCUCCUCAGCCUCCACAGCCAUGUCACAGGACAUUCCGGAGAUCGCCUCAGAAACUCUACAGAGAAGCCUCGUUGGCACAGCAGCUGAGGCUCGUGACCCACUGCAGGGUCUCCAUGCAGAUAGUAUGGCUUCUGCUGCCUCAGCCCUGCAUCUCUUGUCACCACGGAACCGCAACAGCUCGGAGCCAAUUCUCCUGCCGUUAGAGCUCGGCGGAGGGACUACAGACGGUGAACAGAGGCUUAGCAAUACACCCUCCUUACUGGAGACGGCCCUUUCACAGGAAAAUGCUGCUGCAGCGGCCGCUUUUUCCUGCUCCGACAGCAGCGCUAACCACAGCUGGCCUGCGGCUCCAGACAUCACACGUGAAACGCGCAACAGCCUGCGGGACAAUGGGCUGGGAGACUGCUCUCGAGAGGACCUGAAGGAAAGGCACAUGUCAUCUCCGUAUCAUAGGCGCACCUACCACCUAACUCAGAAUGACAGUCAAGAUGCAAGCGCAGAGCAGAGCGAUCAUGAUGAUGAAGUGGCCAGUCUGGCAUCAUCCUCUGGAAACUGUGGCUCCAGAGCCUCUCACCGGCUCCCUGUGAAGGACUGGAAGACCUCACCGCGUGGCUCUCCAAAGCUUAAGCGCAAAAACAAGAAAGAGGAUGGUGAAUCUUCUGGCAGGCAGGCAGAUAACCAGCUGAGUGCAGAGGUACAGGAGGAGCUGCUGCUGCUGCUGAGAAGCCAGCAGAGGGAGCUGGCUGAGCUGAGACAGAGCCAACAGGAGCUGCUGCAGAGGGUCACAGGACACAUGGAUGCUGUUCAAAGCUCCAUCAUGGCCCAUGUCGAGCAUGUCUUGCUCACACAACAGGAACAGGAACAAAGGAGAAUGGAGAGGGUGUUGGCAGAGGGACACGCACGUAACCAGCAGCUUCAGGAGCACAUGGCCCAGCAGCUGGCACAUACUCUGGGUACCACGCUCUCUAGUCGCCUGGACAAAGUGCUGCGUGAGGAGAUGAAGAAAACUGUUCCACAGACCAUUUCUAAGAGUCUGGAACCUGUGACUGGACAGAUGAGCAACACUAUUGCAGCUAAGCUGACCGCAGUAGAGGGAACACUAAAGGAAAAUGUCAUCAAAGUAGUCAAGUCUAAGAAUAUAACGGAUGCCAUUGGCAGAGCUGCAGCAGAGGCCAUGCAGGGACCCAUCCAAGCCGCUUACAAAGAUGCCUUCCAGAGCAUUGUGCUCCCCGUGUUUGAGCGUGGCUGCCAAUCAAUGUUCCAGCAGAUCAAUGACAGCUUUAAACAGGGAACCCACGAGUAUAUUCAGCAGCUGGAGACACAUGCCAAGAACAGGAAGCAGCGUGAGCAGGAGGCUCGAGACCCUGUGAUUGGUCAGCUACAACAGAUGAUCGACACAUUGCAGAGUUCACAAGAUCAGCUGGCCACCACUGUGGCAGCCGGUGUGCGCUCUGAGGUUCAGCAUCAGCUUCAUAUGAUCGUGGGAAAUCUGCAGGACUCGAUUCUCACGCAGGUGCAGCGCAUUGUGAAAGGUGAGGUGAGCUUGGCCAUGAAGGAGCAGCAGGCGGCAGUCACCUCCAGCAUCAUGCAAGCCAUGCGCUCAGCUGCCGGGACCCCUGUUCCCACUGCCCAUCUCGACUACCAGGCCCAGCAGGCCAGCAUCCUGCAGCUACUGCAGCAGGGCCAGCUGAACGAGGCCUUCCAGCAGGCACUGUCUGCAGCUGAUUUGAACCUGGUGCUGUACGUAUGUGAGACCAUCGACUCACAGCAGGUGUUUGGCCAGAAUCCAUGCCCCCUUCACCAGGCUGUGCUGCUCUCGCUCAUCCAGCAGCUCUCCACCAACCUGGCAACACGCACUGACCUCAAGAUCAGUUAUCUCGAGGAUGCUGUGAUGAACCUGGACCAUGGGGACCCAGUCACCAGAGACCACAUGAGUGCUGUGUUGUCCCAGGUGCGGCAGAAGCUGUUACAGUUCCUCCAGCAGGACCCCCACAGCCCCCUCAGCAAGCGUGCCCGCCGCCUCAUGAUGAUGCUGCAGGGCCUGGUCAGCCAUUAGUGCCCUGGGCUUCCCUUUGACCGGCCUGACCACCUCUCCAUGCCUCCUUCUGCAGUUUCUGCGACGUUCACGCAAUUCUGCACUGCCCCUCCUCCCGCCUGUACAGCUGCCCGCGCUUUGCUCAGUAGCUCAGACGACCCUGAGAGGCUUGCAUGAUGGGAGUUGUAGUCCAGACCCAGAGACUGUGUAAUUUAGCUUUGUUGAUGCUGCACUACAUUUCCUUUCAAGCCCUCAGAGUUUAAGACAAUAGAAAACCCUUUUGUUCUCUUGUUUCAGACUUUUUUCCAGUUUCAGCUCUGUUUUUUCCUCUGUAUGGAAAAUAAAAGGUUUGUCCAUAUAAAACACAGGGUUUAUUUUUGUGCUUCUAUGUUUAACAUCCUUGCAGUACCAUUUGACUUGUGAUUUCGUUUUAUAAUGGAAUGUUAGUUCUGUUGUGGAGAAACCACCAUAUCUGACUGCAGCCAGCAUUGUACAAGAACCUGAUCAACCCGAAAGUCAUUGUCAAUCAUGUUUAGUCCACAGAUGAUUGCAGAAAUUCAGGUCCAUCUUGCCACAUACGCAUUUAUUCAUGUUAAAGGACGUUUUUCUGCCAGUAAGAAACACUUGGUUUAGUUUAUGUGGAAGCUCUCAGGUGUUACGCUGAGGCAGUAAUUUGGUUUGUUGUUUAAUAACUUGCAGUGCUCCUAUUAGGUCUCCAGAGGGCAAGCAUUUAUGUGGCAUUUAUCUGCAUUGAUAUUAUUUGGCAAUUUUGUAUGCUGGUACUGUGGUCUCUGUAUGUGGGCGGUAUUUUUUUUUCCUCCUCCUUUCCUCAACUCUUUCGAAGAGUACUGCUUAUCUAUCCUCUUUAUUAAAGAUUUGUUUUUGUUGUUCGUUCUCUACCCCCCUUUGCUUGAUUGAUGUUGAGCAAACAAACUAAAAAGCGAUGUUCAGCCCAGUUGACUGAUUGUAUUUGUUUCUAACAGAGCGCUGUUAAUACUGUUAUGUUGUGUAUAUUUUUUUUGGAAUAAAAAAAAGAA